ACCACACAAAGAAAGAACCAAAGCUCCACUUUCUUACCAUCCACUUUCGAACUCGAAGAUUUUGUUUUCUUUUCUUGGCAACAAACAUUGCCUAAACUGAAUUUCAAGUACAUUUUGGCCGAAGCAAUGGUUUCGAAAAUGGAAUACGACCCUAUCAAUCCAAUUCCACUGGAAGAAAAUGGAGGUCUGGAGAUGUAUUUGGAGGUCGAAAAAUUGUCUAUGGCGAGUGAGCGUUACGUCAAGAACACAGUCAGGGAGAUAUUGCGACAACGGGCUGUGAUGGUAGCCUCCAAGGCCAGUUCUCGAAAUACCCAACAUUUUCUUUCUUUAUAAUUGCUUAUCACUUAUGUUUCGAUUUUUUUUAUUUGGAAUGCUUUUAGUUAUAUUAUUGAUUGUUUUGUGUAAAAAAUGCAAAGAAAAUUUUAUUUAUAAUGGUCUUAUUCAUUUGAAAUUGAUCCAAUGCUGUAUAAAUGUUUAAUUUUGUAUAGAAAGAAUAAUUUGAUAGAAAACAAGAAUAUAAAAUAUCAAUAAAGAAAGAAAAUGCAAUACUUGGUUAUGCCCCCAACUCGAUCUUGUUACAAAUUUUAGUCUAACAGUGGAAAGAUUGAAACUUCAAUCAAGCAAGAAAAUGCCCACUUUAUCUUUAGAUGAAACAUUAUGAAUUAAUGGAUGCAUAAAGGCGCGCGCGCGCACACACACACACACGUCUUAUAGUUUCUGUUCAUUUAUUCACUACAGCUCUCUAAUUCAGGUUUGACAAUUUCUCUAUUCCUUGCAGUACUCCAGAUGUGAAAACUUUGAUCCAGUCAUACCCUUUCUUGCUAUGAAUUACUUCGAUCGUUACAUUUCGAGGACUGAUCCUUUAUGGGCUGUAAUGAUUACUAGUCAACGCAAUCUCGAACUCCUUUCUCUCUGUUGCCUUACACUUGCUUGGAAGAUGAGAGACCCCAAUUUCAUUCUUAGUGAAUAUCUGGAAGAAAAACCAGAAAUUAAUGUUAUAACAUCAGACGAAAUCCUGGCUAUGGAGCAUCACAUUCUCAUGGGAAUAAAUUGGCAUCUUCGUCCUGUAACAGCUUUAUGCUUUGUUCCCUACUUCGAACAGAAGUUACACUCUACCUAUGGCUUUCGACGUAGAACUAUUAAUCAGAUUAUUAUACAAUCACACCGCAGCAUCACAGUAACGCAUUUCAGGCCUUCAGUUAUUGCAGCAUCAGCCCUUCUUGCAGCUUCAUCGUUCCUCUAUCCCUUAAGAUUUUCAGGCUUUGUGAAUCAAAUUAUUUCAGAAAUUUUUUUCAGAGUGGAGGAUAUUGAAGAGUGCACCACUGCUAUGAUUGAUCUAUGCAAUGAACUGAAGCUAAUGAUUGAAAGUGCUGUCCCAGAGGGCCAGUUCCUUCCAAAAAAGAAGGUACGAGCUGGAAUAACAUCUCAAAAAUUCAUUGAAAUAGGUGAAAAGAAUGCUUCUGAAAAACUGAAACAAGUAGCUGCUGAACCUUCUCAAGAAGCUGGUUCUGGAAAAUCUACAUUGACUUGUGAAUUAUCUGAACAAGUGGCUGCUGAACCAUCUCAAGAAGCUGGUGUCGAAACAUCUAAAGGAACUUCUGAAUUAUCUGAACGAGGGGCUGCUGAACCGUCUCAAGAAGAUGGUGCCGGAAAAUCUAAAGGGACUUCUGAAUUAUCAGAACAAGGGGCUGCUGAACCAUCUCAAGAAGCUGGUGCCAGAAAAUAUAAAGAAGUGAGUUGUGAAUUACCUGAGCAAGUGGCUGCUGGAUCAUCUCAAGAAGAUGUUGCCGGAAAAUCUAAAGAAGUGACUUCUGAAUUACCUGAACAAGUGGCUGCUGAACCGUCUCUAGAAGCUGGUGCCGGAAAAUCUAAAAAAGUGACUUUUAAAUUACCUGAACAAGUGGCUGCUGAACCGUCUGAAGAUGCUGAUGCCAGAAAUUGUACAGAAGUGACUUGUGAAUUACCUGAGCAAGUGGCUGCUGAACCAUCUCAAGAAGAUGGUGCCGGAAAAUCUGAAGAAGUGACUUGUGAAUUACCUGAACAAGUGGCUGCCGAACCGUCUCAAGAAGCUGGUGCCGGUAACUCUAAAAAAGUAACUUUUAAAUUGCCUCAACAAGUGGCUGCUGAACCAUCUCAAGAAGCUGGCACUGGAAAAUCUACAGAUGUGACUUUUGAAUUACCCGAACAAGUGACUGCUGAACCAUCUCAGGAAGCUGUUGUCGGAAAAUCUAAAGAUGUGACUUUUGAAUUGCCAAAAGAAGUAGCUGCUGAAACUUCUGAUAUGCCUGAGCUAGAGGUUGCUCAAACUUCUGAGAAAUCUAAACUUGAGGCUUCUGAAACUUCUGAGAAGUUUAAACUUGAGGCUGCUGAAUCCUCACAGACUACUCCUGGAAAGUCUAAGCAGGAGGCUACUGAAGCUGCUGAAACUUCUGAGCAAACCGGUGCUGAAAUACCUGAGCAAGUUGCUUCUAAAAUGUCUGAGCAAGCUGGUGGUGAGACUGUUGCAAAAGGCAAACGUGAUGUUGUUGGAUCAUCAAACGAAAGAGUUGUGAAAAUAUCCGAACGAGUGGCUAUUGAAACAUCCCACAAAUGGUCUGCAGAAAAAUCUAUUGGAGUGGCAUCGAAUUAUGGUGAGACAAGCUCACAGAGACCAGGGAAAGAGAAGGUGAAAGAGGUAGAGAUGACGAUUUUUCCAAAUAUGAAAACAGAAAACUAUGAGAUGCAGUUUAACUUUCAACUUAGGUGGGGAACAGAAGAGAGCAUUGCUGGUAUGGAUGAUGAUUUUGUCAUAUUUUCCUCUUUGUUUGAUAUGUUGCCGCCUGCUCCUGUGGUGGAAGAACCUGAAAUGGAAGGUGAAGAAGUUCAGCCAAAUGGUCCACUUCAACAAUUUUGUGACUUUUGCUGCAAAUGCAGUUGCGAUUGCUGCAAGCUUUUGUAAUGUCCCUACAAGUACUAGAAUUUGUCAUAUAGAGAGAUAGUACAAGUGAAGAAGAGUAGUAACACGAAAUAAGUGAAAGUUCAGAAUCACAUUGUAGCUAUGGAUCAAAUUCAUUCAAGGAUC